CUACAUGCCUACUUUACAAGAUUUAUUGGAUCGCAGUCUGCCUUCGGAGGAAGAUCGUGGUGCGUGAUUACGGGAUUUGUGCGGCGAAGAAAUCAAUCUGUUCAACGGAAAUAAAAGAUCGCGUGGGUGCUGUAACGUAAUAUAGGAGUGUUUAUCCUCUAGUUGAGUAACAAGUCCGUUGAAGCGUGAAGUUUCAAUUCCUUGAAAAUAUGUCAGGCCAGUAGUGAAUCAUUUCUGCCGUUCCAGUCAACGUAUUUUAUCAAUUCAGCCGUCGUCAGUUGCAGCGAGACAGGAUGAUGGAGGAACCGUUGAGUCGGGGUGCCUCGCCUUCGGGAGGCAGUAGUCUCUCUGGAGGAGGUGAAGUAGGCGCUAUGACAAAUGUGACAUUGGAAGAACGCUUGCUUGAUGUAACAUCACGGCACUCGUUGAAUCUGCUUCGAACACCACCAGCAAAGAAGGCGAAACGCGUCCGUUUUUUUCGCAACGGAGACAAAUUCUAUACCGGUGUAGUAAUGGCAGUGACCCCUGAAAGAUAUAGGAGCUUUGACAGUUUGGCAACGGAUUUGACAAGAGCAUUAAUUUCAAAUGUAACAUUGCCCAAUGGAGUUAGAGCCAUUUACACAAUGGAUGGAAGGAAAGUGGUAAGUGUCGGCGAUUUGGAGGAUGGAAAAUGUUACGUUUGCUCUGGACAAGGUGAGACUUUCAAAAAAGUCGAAUAUUCUGCAUCAAAAGUUCGGAGGGGCAGCUCGCUAUCUGGACUACCGCAGUCACCGGCUGGAACCGGUCGCCUGACUACUUCUGUUCCUAUCUAUGUUCAGGCCAAAAUUGUGACGUUGAUUAGGCAUGGAACAAAACCUCGCAGGGUGCUGCGGCUCUUGUUGAACAAAAGAAAUGCUCCGAGUCUUGAGCACGCUUUAGAAGCGAUCACAGAAGCAGUUAAGUUAGAUUCUGGUGCUGUGAGAAAAGUUUAUACUUUGAGUGGUGUUCAGGUCACAACGUUGGAACAGUUUUUUCAAAAUGAGGAAAUUUUCUUGGCUUAUGGUACAGACAAAUUGACUCAGGAAGAUUUCGAACUUGACUUUGAGGAAUCCAAAGCUGUUCAAAGCUUUAGGAGAGGCCAUGGCCUGACCAAGAGAUAUGGGGGUCCCAUGCCUCCAAUGCCGAAGAAAUCAGGAAAGAAAGCUCUCAGCAUACCACAAGUCAGAACACCAAGUCCUGUUUUUGUACAACUACCACUACCCCUCAGAAUGCAUUUUGUAGCCGGACAUGUUAUUGGAGAUGGAAAUUUUGCUGUUGUGCGGCACUGUAUCCAGAGGAGAACUGGGGUAGAGUACGCGUUGAAAAUUAUCGAUAAAUAUAAAUGUCAAGGUCAAGGAACAAUGCUGGACAGUGAAAUUGCAAUAAUGAAACAAGUUUGUCAUCCGAAUAUAAUUAGCUUGAUUGCCGAACAAGAAACAACUGACCAAUUGUUCUUAGUCAUGGAGUUAGUCAAGGGUGGUGAUCUAUUUGAUGCAAUAGCAGCUGCUACGAAAUUUUCCGAAGCAGAGGCUAGCGUGAUGAUCACUCAUUUAGUAUCAGCCCUAGCAUACUUACACGCGCACCACAUAGUACAUCGUGACGUCAAACCAGAGAAUCUCCUAGUCGAGAUGGAAGGAAGUCGUGUAACAUGUUUGAAGUUGGGAGAUUUCGGUCUUGCACAACUCGUCAGGGAACCUUUAUACACGGUUUGCGGAACCCCUACCUAUGUCGCUCCUGAAAUACUUGCUGAAGUGGGCUACGGAUUAAAGAUUGACGUGUGGGCUGCUGGCGUAAUUAUGUAUAUUUUGUUGUGUGGCUUUCCACCAUUUGUGUCUCCUGAAAAUGAGCAGGAGGAGCUGUUUGAGCGUAUUUUGAGUGGACAUUACGAGUACACAGCGCCGUACUGGGACUCUGUAUCCGAAUCAGCCAAACAGCUGAUAUCGAAUAUGCUCCAAGUGCAACCAGAGCUGAGAUUUAGCGCCGAAGAUGUUCUGGACCAUCCAUGGCUCGCGAGCUUUUUAGGAGGCGAGCAGGCCACUGCAGCAGCUGCAGAACCGGCGGAGCAAUACUGGCAUAAGCAGCGUAAGCCGAUAAGACAAGCCACGUAUGACUUCAGCUAUGACUAUGGAACGAGAAGACAAGAAUCUAGCAAUAACACAGGAAUCGAUGGUCAAUACGCCUACGCGGCGCCCACUUCGUCUCUGUCAGACUUUGUGUUUACUCAAGGACACUGGUCUGACUUUCCCAAAUCUCAAAAAACAUACUGUAAUGUUUCUCUGUCUGCAUCUGACACGCACAUCAAUGAAAUUGACUUUUUGAAUGGAUAUUGUAAUGCCAAUGAACCACAGUCUCUUGAUACUGCCUGUUUGGAAGACAUUAGAGCAAUGACAAAAUCGAUGCAUGAUUUAAUGAAUAACAUAGGUCAGAUGAGUGAUGCCGAUAUCAAAGAAAGACCAAAUUCAGCUCUAAAUUCUGUACCAUCGAUGAACGGUGCUUCAAUCCACCCUAGUUCGAACAAUAAAAAUGGAAAAUUGACUGCCAAAGAGAGGAAUUGCGGUAGCUCUAUGUCAGAAAUUGCAACACGCAAUGAAAGUCCUAAAUUAAAAUCAAACAGUCGUUCGUCCUCUGUUAGGAAUGGACAUUCAUUGUCUGACGUCCGCGGGAGAAUUAGUGCUGGAUCGAAAUCUUCUAAUCAGCGGCAGAAGUAUGGUAGUGGAAGUAGUAUCGAAGAGAAUAAAAAAGUACGUGUACGGAAAAGUACUCAUGCUAAGUCUGUCGAAAAACUUGAAUCAUUAAAAUCGACGCAUCGCGACUCUUCGGACUGCUCGGAAAUGUCAAAUAACGGUAUUUCUCCAAUGAGUACACGGUAUAGUGGAAAACAAACUUGUUCUAAAAUCAGUUGGAAUAAAGCGCCACAGACUUCAAACAACAAUGCAUCAAAAUUCACAAAGUUUGCCAAGACUAGACAUGUAGAUACCGUAGAUUUAAGUACCAGGUCCAAUUACGAUGGAAAAUCGAGCUCUGAUAAUGAUAUUGAAACUUCAGAUAGUUUCGUCAAUAUACAAUUUGCAAGGUCAGCUCUUUGUCAGAGUUCUGACUCUUCUCACAGUAUCGAGUCCACUGAUAGCUUUGAAAAUGUUCAGUUCAUCAAAUUCACUAAGAGUGAUAGGAUCUAUGAAGCGAAAUCAUCAGAUAAAACUGGCGAAAGAGAAAGGUGUCCUAAUUCUAGCACAGACGAUAAAAAAAAUGUUAUAAAUUCAAGUCGUAUCCAGUCUCCGUCGGAAUACAGUAUUUCUAAAUCAACCAAAAAAAUACAGAAUUCUAACCAGUCACAGAAAAUUAGCAAAAGUCAGGAAAGUGCAUCGAAUGUUACUGAGAAAUGUUUAGUCAAGCGAAGGGAAAAAAAACCAUCCCAUGUCAGUAAUUCUACAGACGAACUCAGUUCAGCGAGGAAUGAAGUUCAUAGAAAUAAAAGAUAUAGCUGUCAUACUCCACACGUGGGUAGAAGGAUGCAAGGUGGGAAGGAUGUUGAUGAAAGAGUUAAUCAAACGUCGAGUAGUGAGUACGUGACGAAAAAUAAGAAGUCUAGUUCCACUGAUGAGCUACACGAUGUAAAACAAAAACAAUCGAACAAAUCGAAAAGGUAUAGCUUGUAUUAUACACCGCAGCCUUCGCGAAAAAAUUACAGUAGUGAUGGUAAGGAUGCAAAGAAUACAAAAAAACUCGUAAACGAAAGUAUCUCACAGUUGGGUAGCCGUCAAGCAGAUUUUGAAAAAAAUAUCACAGAGACAAUUACCUCGAGCACAAGAAAGGAUGUAAAGAAUAGAAAGUCCGUUUUGCAAACGACAACGGCAGCCAGCAGGAAUAGGUCCAACAAACAAAGUAUUCAUAUAAAACCAGGCAUCGUUAACGUUAAACCAACACAGACGAAAUUAGUUAAAAAGUCGUAAUAAUUAAUAUAUCGACAGUUAAUUAAAAACGAUCUCGAUUAGGGGUGACCUAAUAGGCACAAAGUAUCUCAAAUUACGUAUAUGACUGAAGAAAAGAAAAAGAAUGUUUUAGAGUUCGAAUUGACUAGGAAUCAUAGGAAUGUGGUAGAAUGAAUAUUUUUUAAUGACGUAUGCGUAUAAAUGCUUAUAAGGCCAAUUUGGAUUAAGGUCACGAUGUGGAAGUAUUUUUUUGUGUUAAAAUAACUUAUUUAUUUAGAUAUCUUAAUUUCAAAACUGACAGAAAAUAUAUAGGAACCAAAACAUGCCAAAUGCAUUUAAAUAGAUUUAUUUUAUAUUCUUCCCUCAUAAAACUAUAAUACAGCAUAAUACUCCAACGUGAAUUGAUGAUUAAUCAUUAAAGAGUAUGGGAGUGUAGGGAAUUAGGUGAAUAGCAAUGUAAUAUACAAGAGUCCCAAAGACUUGAGGCUUUACCUCCGCUGGGUUACAGAGAGAAGCGAUAGGGUACUAAUUCACGUUUAACUGGUUACUGUAUGCAUACAACGAGUAGCUGUCUGUUUUGCUCAAGAAAAACUCCACCUACGUAAUUGCUAGAUGGGAUAUUUUUAUACAAACUUAUUACAACAAUGGCGACCCUGAGCAAUAAAUGAAACGGUAAUCACGGUAUUUGAAGUGAAAACGCCUUAAGAACAAAAUCAUUCAGUGACGUCCUUUAGAUCUGAUCAAGGCUGUUGUAAUUAUUUAUAAUUGUAAUUAUACAAAUUAUCACAAAUAUUGAAUUCUCUGUUACCCAGAAUUAGCCGGAUAUCCCGCAUAGUACUUUUCUAACGCAAAUUAAUUUUUCUAUUUAGCUAUGUAUAUAGAGAUAGUAUCAUGUAAUUGAAAGAAUACCACAGAGAUCUGUGUUUAUUAUUCACGUAACGAUAACUAAUUUUUAGACGUGUAUGAUAGCUUGCGAUAGCCGUGAUGUAAUUGUAGUCAAUUCGUGAAUUGUACUUAUAAUUAAUCAAUGUUACUCCCGUGUAAUUUUUCGUAAUACUCGCCCGCGGUGACCGCCAGAAGUAUACUGUAUUAUUAAUUUAUAAAUAACAAUUUUUACGAGGAGGUGAAUAAUAAAUUACUAGUGUUAAUGUACGCCAAAUAUUGCGCAGUGAUUAUACGGAUACCAAAUUUUGUUAAUAAACGGUAUAAUUUUUUAUAUUAAAAACAUAGUAUACACAUUAUGCCUAUAAUAAUUAUCAUGCAAAUUAGAUGUUAUAUUCGCUACGCGCAUUACCUAAUCCUAUGAUAUGAUAUAUCACACUAAACUAAAAAUAAACGUGUAAAUUUAUUGUAUUAAUUUUAUUAUCUAGAAAAAAGUAAUUAAAAGACAAGUACAACUAUA